AUAAAGGAAAAACUAUGAUAGAAGCUGCUAGAAGAACCCAGUCCAACACUUGUCUACACUUCGUCUCUUCAAGUGUCCCUUACUCCCUUCCCAUUUCCCAUUCCAAAAUCUGAAAAUUCCUUUGAUAAAAUUUCUACCUCUGCCGCACCACCUGCGAAGAUGGACGCAGCUAAACUCAAAGAACUCAAGCUUUUCGUCGAACAAUGCAAAUCCAAUCCCUCCGUUCUCAGCGAUCCUUCCCUCUCCUUCUUCCGCGACUACCUCGAGAGUCUCGGCGCUAAGCUUCCUUCCUCUGCUUACGACCACGCCGACUCCAAAUCGAAGAGCUAUGUCGUGGAGGAGAGCGACGAGGAAAUUGAAGAUAAGGAAGGUCCACAAGCAGAGCCUGAAGAGGAAGAAGAGGAGGAUGAGAUAAUCGAAUCGGAUAUUGAGAUUGAGGGCGAGACUGUCGAGCCUGAUAAUGAUCCCCCUCAGAAGAUGGGUGACCCGUCUGUAGAAGUCACAGAGGAGAACCGCGAGGCCUCACAGGAGGCAAAGUUCAAAGCCACGGAGGCCAUCUCUGAAGGUAAAUUGGAGGAAGCAAUUGACCACUUAUCAGAGGCUAUUUCCCUCAAUCCGACUUCAGCAAUCAUGUAUGCGACCAGAGCUACUGUUUACAUCAAAAUGAAGAAACCCAAUGCUGCCAUCCGGGAUGCCAAUGCUGCUCUUGAGAUUAACCCAGAUUCAGCUAAGGGCUACAAAUCUCGUGGCAUGGCACGAGCAAUGCUUGGUCAGUGGGAAGAGGCUGCCAAGGAUCUUCAUGUGGCAUCAAAAUUGGAUUAUGAUGAGGAAAUUAGUGCUGUACUCAAGAAGGUUGAACCCAAUGCACACAAGAUUGAGGAUCAUCGCAGGAAGUAUGAAAGGUUGCGCAAAGAGAGAGAGAACAGAAAGAUUGAACGUGAGAGACAACGUCGACGUGCCAAAGCACAGGCUGAGUAUGAGAAAGCAAAUAAGCAAGAGCAAUCUUCUUCCAGCAGGAAACCCGGAGGUAUGCCUGGUGGGUUUCCCGGUGGAAUGCCAGGAGGAAUGCCCGGUGGAGUGCCAGGAGGAAUGCCCGGUGGGUUUCCUGGUGGGAUGCCCGGUGGGAUGCCCGGUGGGAUGCCUGGAGGUUUCCCAGGUGCAAUGCCAGGAGGGAUGCCAGGAAAUGUUGAUUUCAGUAAGAUCUUGAAUGACCCUGAACUGAUGGCUGCGUUUAGUGAUCCUGAGGUCAUGGCUGCCCUUCAAGAUGUAAUGAAGAACCCGGCUAAUCUCGCCAAGCACCAAGCUAAUCCCAAGGUAGCUCCUGUAAUUGCUAAGAUGAUGAGCAAAUUCGCAGGCCCAAAAUGAAUGGUGUUCAAAGUUGACUUUUGUUCAGGAAGUCUGCAUCGUGGUGUGAUAACUUUGAUAUUUUGUGUAAUUCUUCCUCUGCAAUUACCUUUGAGUUGAUGGGCGUGGACUCUGUGGCUAUUACAUUACUUGUACGUGUGAGAUAUUUUUUUCCCUCCCUCCAGACUUCUGAUUGAUUUCAGAGAGUGAAUAUGUUUUGUUGAAAAUUCAAGUAGCUGCAAGGUUUUGGGCCA